AUGUUCGUGUUACAUAACACGGUGGAGUGGAACUCCGCGCCCGCGGUGACGACCCUGCAUGGGGUGGUGGUGCAGGGCGUGCAGCAGCUCGUGUGCGCCACCUACAGUGUCCUCAGUACGGAUACUCUCAUGUGUCACGACCCGCUCAACGGUGGCGCUCUCGCCUUUAGCCAGCAGCUCACUGCGCAUCAGUUCGUCCCGACCACCUUCCGCCAGUGGCUGCUGGUUCAAGACUGGGCCAAGGAGGAGCUGGCGGCGAUCGAUCCCUUCACGCGCACCGUGGCCUGGACUAUCCCUGCUGGGGGCGUCUAUCACGUGGACGUGGCUGACGACGAGAGCUUCCUCCUUCUCUCAUCUCCUGCCACUCUGUGGAAGUGGAUCGUCAGUCCAUUGGUCUCCCAGUAA